GACACCAAUUUACAAUGGAGCCAAUGUUCCUCGGAUAUUGGUGUCGUGGCGGGCCCACUCAUCAUUCUGCCACCGAGGAAAUUCUACACCCAGUUUAGAGUGAAGAGAAUAAUUGGUUAUGCUUUGUCAACCCCUCUUGACAAGGCGAGAGUUGAGUAGUCUACUCUUAGUUACUAUUAUCCGAUGGCUCUCUGUUCGGAGUUGUUGCUUUGUUUGCCAAAGCAUUGUCCAAAAGUAACCAGGUCCGAGACAAACGAUAAAAUAGUGUCCACGAAUCAACUACACAUCUGGCACGACCGGGAAUCCAAAUGGAGUGGUGCUGACACAUUGGAAUGCUGUUGCGUCGAUUAGUUGUGCGAUGCUCGUGACAAAGCACGGAGCCAACGAUGUCAUCUGUUCGUUUCUCCCUCUUGCACACAUCUAUCAGUAUGUCACAGAGCACGCAGCUCUCUGGUCUGGAAAUGCGACUGGUUACUCUCAUGGAGACAUUUCAGCACUUAUUGAGGACAUCAAAUUGUUGCCACCAACAGCUUUCACAGCUGUUCCGAGGCUUUACAAUCGUUUUGGUACCGCGAUCAAAGCGGCAACUGUGGAUAAACUAGGGGUGACUGGAGUCUUUGCUGUGUCGUGUGGUUUCUAUAAAAGUUCGAAAAAUCUCACAGAACUCCUCAACCGCUACCAAUAAGCAUUCUCUAUAAGAUCGUCUCUGGUCCAGGAAAAUAUCAUCGCAAUUCGGGUUCGACCGCUACACCUACAUUAAAACUGAAGCGUACGCAGAUUGCUCGUAAUUACAGGGUAUUAUUGAUGAGUUAUAUGAGCGGAUAAAUGAGCAAGAGAGUCGUGAGGAGAAGGGCAAGUAGCGACUUCGGACUCUAAACUUUUAUCGGAAAUCGACGUGUACAUAAACGCUACGUUGGUUCGGAGCCUAAUGUGCUCAUGGGUCCUAGCCACCAAAGCAAUCAUAUGCAUAGAACAGCCUAGUAUGCAAUUGAC